GGGAACAGAUGAACUAACCAUAAUCACUUCUCGGUGCGUGAAGAGUGUUGUGAGUGAAGCAUUUGCGACAACAUGACCGACUUCAACACAAUGUUCGAAGAUACCAGAUUGACAGCUUAUUUGAUCCUAUUAAAAUAUUAUGUGAUUCCUAGGACCAGACUACGAGCCCUUAUAUCGCGGAUUCUUGGAAAGCAAGAACCAACACUUCAGCAUAUGCUCGCCAAUGCCACGAUCCGAUGGUUGUCAUCUACGUUAUCGAUACACCAAUUCAGAGCUCUCAGCUCUGGCCAGUGUGAUGCCAAUACUCUGCUGCAGAACUGCCCGACUCUCCUCGAAGAGAAAGCUACGGCCGAAACGAUCGUGGGGGACGACUAUCGGGGGCAUUACCUGGUCAAAUAUCCCAACCCGACACACAUCAUAUUCUAUGUGUACGGAGGCGGUUUUGUCAGUGGUUCGCCAGGAUCCGUGAUGCCGUAUCUGCUGCAAUUGAGCGUUGAACUUCAGGCCCGGGGGUUCAAAGCUGACAUGUUUGUCGCGGAGUACGACCUCGCCCCAGAGUAUCCCUACCCAGGUGCUCUUAGGCAAGUUGUCUCAGCAUAUCGAUACAUCGCCAGUCGGAAUAGACCCAUCAUCCUGGCUGGUGACUCAGCUGGGGGCAAUCUCUGUCUUGGACUACUUCGACACUUGGUCAAGCCCCACCCGAGUAUUCCACCACUGACUGAGACUCAGGGGGAAACUGGAAGUGUCGUGGCAACUUGCCUAAACAGUCCGUGGGUCAAUCUGCAAAACAAUGGGGAAUCAUAUCGGCAGAAUGCGAACCAGGAUUGUCUCGACAAGGGCGCUCUCGACCGUUGGCGGAAGGCAUAUCUAGAUGGGAAGCCCUUGGAUGAGUACGCGAAUCCUAUCGAUUGCUUAGAUGGGUGGAAGGAGGUUCUGCCACAAAACACGCUCUUGGUAGCCGGCGACCUCGAGCUCUUUGUCGCCGACAUACAAAAGCUGGCUCAGAAUGUCCUCAAAUUAAGUCUUCCCACCCUGCGUCUUCGGUGACUUUGAAACUGACCAUUAUAGCAGAGCGGCUAUAAUGGCCUUGAAAUGCACGUCGAGCCUAAGAAAGGGCAUGUCUGGAGUCUGGUUGACUUCGGCGGUACACAGCCUGGGCUACCAGCGGCUCGGGGUGGACAAGAGGAAAAUCACGCGUAUUCCGGCAUUCACUUACAGGCUGACUGGAUAGUUGACCGAUGUGGAGUCUGAGAUGAGGAAGACAGUCUACUUUUUGUUUGUUUAUUGGAAUCAUGUGUAUUUUGAACAACGUUGUGCAACAAUCGAUACGAA